AUGAGAUUGAGUGAUGUCAGACACAUGUUUUCCUUUGGAACACUAGAACGCGCCUUCGGGGCGAUCUCACAGUCGCGGAAAGCUCAAUGUCUCCUCUUCACCUCCUUCUAUGAGAUUGAAUCAAAGGCAAUUGAUCUACUAAGAGAAGAGCUCCCAUGUCCUAUCUUCGCAAUCGGCCCCUGCAUUCCUUACAUGUUGCUCGAUCGAGAAUCUCGAAAUAACGCCGCAUCACAGAACGGUUGUGCUACCGCAAACUACUUCACUUGGUUGGACUCUCAACCUGGAAGCUCCAUACUUUAUGUGUCACUCGGUAGCUUCCUCUCGGUGUCGACAUCUCAACUUGACGAGCUUGCACUGGGCCUGGUUGCUAGCAAGAUCAAAUUCUUGUGGGUCGCGCGAGACGACUCCUCUAGGAUCCAAGAAACGGUUGGAGACGCAGGUCUAGUCAUGCCCUGGUGUGAGCAGUUGAAGGUUCUGAAUCAUCCUUCUGUCGGCGGCUUUUUGACUCAUUGUGGAUGGAACUUGACGCUCGAGGCAUUCAUCACAAUUAAGAAUGUUAUAUGGGUCAUAAAGCUCAAUGUCAGCUGGAUGCAGGAACAACAUUUUGCUUUGUUGCAGCGGGAGACAGAGAAACUUCGGGGUGAUAUAGAGAAAAUGCGAAGUGAACUCAGAUACGAAACUGACAAGGUCACUGCCGGGCAACGGCUGGAUUUAAACCUUGAAAGAGGACUAGCAGUCUUAGCUUUCAAUCACGAGUAA